AUGGUGAAGAAAAAUGAAAACCUUUAAUAGGAUGAUCAUCAUGAAAGAUUUCAAUAAAUUAAACCAGAAUUCAAUGUUUUUAAUCGUAAGAAGAUGAGAAAAGAAAAAAAAAUCAUGAAAAAAUAGAAACAUAUGUAAAUUAAUUAAUAGCGAAAUUGGUAAAAUUAAGGUGUUUAUAUUGAUAAACAGAGUGAACAUUAUAAAUAACUAAAAACAUAAAACUAAGAAUAACAAAAUUAAUAAAUACCAAAAUAAUAAAAUUUAUAAUAGUAAAAAUAAGUGAAGAAGACAUAAAAUUCUAGUAAUAAAGAAAUAGAUUAAAAAAGUAAAUUAAAAUUGCAGCAAGAGAUUUUAUAAGAAGAAAAAGAAAUUGAGAGAUUAACUAAAAAGUUAAAAUUGAAAUAGAAUAGAUUACCAAAGGUAUAAAUUAUGGAAGAUGGGUUAGAAGAGGAUUUGUUCGAUUUUUUAGAUCAUAUUGAUAAAAGUGUUAAAGAAAAAGAUAAACCUUAAAACUAUUUAGCUUUUUAAAAGAAGGAAUAAAAUGAAGAAGAUUAAGAUUAAAGCUUGAAUUAGAAUUCAGAACAAUAUUCUGAUGAAUUAAGUAAUGAAUUAGUUUAAGAAGAAGAAAUGGAGGAAGAUGAUGAAGAAAAUAUAAUUGAAGAUCAAGAUGAAUAAGAAUAGAGUCAUGAUUUGAUUGAAGAUUAAGAAAAUUAUGAUGAUGAUGAUGAUAUAGAUGAUGAUGAAAUUUAACCAGAUGAAGAUGAAGAGGAAAUGGAAUAAGAAGAAAGCUAUUAAUCAGAUUAGAAUGAAGAAGAAUCUGAAGAAUUAAAUCAAAAAAUACAAAAAAAUGUUUUAUAAAAAUAGUAAACGCCUAUUAAUAAUCAAGAAUAAAGUGAACCAUAAAAAGAAUAAGAGUUUUAAUAAGUUCAAGAAAUAUAAUAUGAUGAAAAUCAGCUUAUGGAAGUUCGAAAACUUUUGAAUAGAAACUUAAACAAAAUUUCAGAAGCAAAUAUAAAUAAUAUUGUAGAUGAAAUUGAUAAAAUUUUUAAUUAACAUCCUAAACAAAUUGUAGGUUUAGUAUUUGGUUAAUAAAUUGUUUAAUCUACAAUAAAACCUAUUGCACUAUUACCAUACCUACUGACCUGUAUAAUUGCAUCUUCUAGUUAUUUUCAUUAAUUAUAUGAUAAUUUGUUUUUUGGUGAAUUGAUUAAAUAGGUAAUACUUAAAUUAAGAGCUGCUCCUGUUAAUCAUGAAAUUAAAAAUAUAACAUUAAUAUUCUGUCAUUGGUAUUUAUUUGAAUCAAUAUCAUUGUAAUUCAUUAAGGAAUUUAUAAAAUAUUUGUUGAAAAAUUAAACUGCAGAUAAUGUUGAAAAUUUAAUAUUGAUUAUUUAAUAUUGUGGGAAGAAAAUAAGAUAGGAUAAUCCAGCAAUUCUAAAAAUGAUUAUUGAAGAUAUUAAAUAAGCAUUUUAAAAUGCAAGUGAAUCAAGAACAAAAUUUUUACUUAUGACCUUAGAUGAUUUAAGAUUAAAUAAAAAGAUAACAAGUUAAUCAGAAAGAUUGGAGUUUAUUUUAAAUUGGUAUAAAUAAAGAACAUAAAAAUUGAUUCAUAGAAUAUUUUGUUAAGGAUUUGAUUUUAGUUAAGAAUCUUAAUUUUUGAGUAAUAAUUGGUGGAAACCUAUUGUAACUAAUGAAGAAUAGAGUUAAUUAUUUUAAGAAUUUAAAUAAUAAAAAAAAAAUAUCAAAUUAGAAAAGUUAGAGCAACUUGCUAUUGAUUAAAAAAUGGUAACUGAAACUCGUAAGACUGCAUUCAUUAUAAUAAUGGGAGCUGAUGAUUUAUUUGAAGCUGCUUAAAAUUUAGACAAACUUGGUUAUUUAAAAAAGAAAAAGCAGGAUGUAUGUUUGGUAAUUGUUGAAAUGUGUGGAAAUGAGAAAACUUAUAAUCCCUAUUACUAAGAAUUAGCUCAUUAUUUAAUAAAUUGGGAAAGAGGAAUGAAAUAAGCUUUUCAAUAUAUGUUAUGGGAUAAGUUUAAAUUAUUAGAAAACUACAGUAUAAGAAAAAUAAUAAAUAUUGCUAAAUUUUGUUCCAAUUUAUUAAAGAAAGAGAGUCUAAAUUUACUUUUAUUAAAAUGGUUUAAUUAUGAAGAAUUAUUAGAAAUUUAAGCUUAAUUUUUGUGUAUAGUUAUAUAAAAUUUUUUAUAAAAGUAAGUAAAUUGAAUAAUAAUUUUUAGUAUUACAAUAGAUAUAAUGGCAAAAUAGAGUAAAAAUCUGUUUGAACAUGCAGAUUACUUACCUUUCAGAAAUGGGCUUUAAAUGUUUAUGAAAAAUAGAUUCAAAACUUAUAUUGAAAGUUAGGAUGAUUAGGCUAAGUUUAAUUAAUUAAAGAAAGAUUUGAGAAUAAUGAUUAAAUUGUUAGAUGAGAGUGUAAUAAAUAAUGAUGAUUGA